GUUAAGUAAAGUCUUUGUUUCUUACCAUUUGGAGCUUUGAGUUUUUUCCCCUCACUCUGCUUUUGGGUCCUAACCCCCCCCCACUACUUCCUGACAGAGAGAGCAAGUUUUUUUCAGAUUUUCAUUUCGUUUACUUUCAGUUUUGCUGGUCAGAGCACAACAAGAAAGUAAACCUGCCUCUAAAAAGUAGGAGGAGCUGGUCCAGUGAAAAGUGGGCCAGCUAUGUGCCGAAAGGCCGCCAGUUUUGUUUCUUUAGUGUUUAGUUUGUUACUUUUUUUGUUUAUUGCUUUUGCCUGGAACCCGGAAGGGUGAAGGUGUCUGUUUAUUUCAUUUUGUGUUUGUUUGGGUGUGCUCUCUCUCUCUCCAUGUGGCAACCAACAGUGUUUCCUGAAACUGCUGCAUCUCCCUCCUAGGAGUGUCAUGCUGACAUGUGACAAACCUUUUCUGUACUUAUUUAGUGUUUUCUGUAAAGUACCGCACUAAAGAAGGUUAAUAAAGUUAUACUUGUGUAUGUUUGUAUGCUUCCCUCUGCGGGUGGCACAUCAGUAAUCCAGGAGAACAGCAAAGAUUAAAUUGCUGUUAGGAAAAUAGGAGAUUGAGUGAGGGAAAACACCAUAGUUCCUGCAGUAACGAUGUAUGAAUACAGUAGGACCUGUUCAGCUGUUUGUUUUCAUUUUCUUUGUCAUCAGAUCCAGGUGUGCUUAAGGAUGUGGAGGAUGAAAGAAAAGCCUGGCAAAUUACUCCUCUCAGUACGUGGGAAAAACCAUGGUCUACCUCAACGGAACCUUCGAGGAGUGUCGAUUCCGGGAGUGCAACCUGGGAAACUUGAUCUGUGAUGCAAUGCUUUCCAACCGAUGUACAUGGGUACAUGCAAUUAGGAGAGUCGAGGGAGAAGAUUUCGCAGUUAGGAGGUACAGCACUUACGUGUGUGGACUGCACUUUGAGGAGAGUGACAUGCACGUUCAUGUUGAGUCCGGCCGCAAGUACCUUACUGCGCAGGCAGUGCCUUCCCGAUUUUCGUGGAACAAUUGGGGCAAAACUAAAAAACAAGAGACAGCCACAUCGAAGAGAAGAGGUGAUGUUGGCUUUGGAGAGGAGAUGGGAGGUGUAGCAGAGCUCAGUGAUGCCGCAAUUGUAACUACGGGUCACGACUACGACUGCCAUCCUCCCCCGGGUGCACUUGAUGAGGCAUUGGAGAGGAUCAGGGAGUUGGAGAAGAUGGUCUCACGCCUCACCCUCUCUGGGCCCCUCCUGGAGAGAUGGUGUAUUUCUGAUGAAGACUUCAGGUACUUCACCAGGUUCCCAUCAAAGCGCACAUUUAAUGUGUUUUGGGAUUCCAUUCAGCCAUCUGCAUCACAGAUUGUAUAUUGGUCCAAAGCGAGGAGAGUUGGCAUUGACAACAUGGAGAGGGAAGGAAUUCAUCCUAGCCCCACACGUAAGCUACACCUUAUUGAUGAAUUUUUAAUGUACUGCUUACGUGUAGCAACUGGCCUUUUGGAGAGGGUUUUGGCAGAGGUAUUUGGGGUGAGCACAUCAACAGUGAGCCGUGUUAUCAUCACAUGGUCCAAUUACCUGUACCUCAUUUUGGGAUCUGUUCCACUCUGGAUGACACAAGAGCAAGUGAGGAAGACCAUGCCACUAAAAUUCCAGCAGUACAGCCCAAAACUCAGAGUCAUCAUCGAUUGCACUGAGUUUCGAUGUGAGAGCCCAGAGGCCAUUACUCUGCACUCUGAAACGUUCUCGAUGUACAAGAGCCAUACCACCUUCAAAGCUCUAAUCGGUGUUGCACCCUGUGGCGCUAUUACCUUUGUGUCCAAAUUGUUCACUGGGUCAAUAUCUGAUCAGGAGUUGACAAAGGAGUCUGGCAUUUUGGCUUUAUUGGAGCCAGGGGAUGAGGUUAUGGCAGAUAAAGGCUUCUUCAUUGAAAAGUCCUUGCAGGAAGUUGGGGCCAAACUAAUAAUACCACCAUUUAGGCACAAGAGUCAGUUCAGCAGAGAGGAAACGGAGAGGACCCAGGCCAUUGCCAGACUCCGGAUUCUGGUUGAACGGGCAAUUCGGAAGGUAAAAGAGUACCACAUCUGGGAUUCACCAAUUCCUCUAACCCUGGCAGGCACUGUAAACCAAAUAUGGUCCAACUGCUGCGUCAUGGUGAAUUACCAGGGUCCUCUCGACCUUGAUGGUGAAGUGCAAUAUUGGGCAGAGUGAGUAGAAAGUUACAACAGGCUCACCACCUCUCCAGCUAAUAACACCUGGCUCAUC